UUUUAUUUUCUCGCAUAAGUCGUGGGUAUAAUGGCAUCAAAACUAUUGAAACAAUUGAUUUCAGGACUUAACGAAUUUCAUUUCGUACAGGGUAUGCAAGCUCAGACGAACGCCACAGCUAUGGAGCUGCAGCCUCUAACAGCGAAUAGUACGUACCAAAUGUUCGUGGUGGCGAUGAAUCAGCACGGCGCUUCACUACCAUCGAGCAUGAUAAUCUUCAACUACACUGAAGGCGAAGACAAAGAAGUGAACGGGGUACCGUCGCCUCCUCACUCGCUGUCAGUCGCGUCUCACUCCGCCACCUGGCUGACACUGAGCUGGCAGCCACCUCAGUUCUCCUUGCCAGACGAAAAGUUAUCUUACACGUUAUAUUACAAAUCGCCGUCACAAGGGGGACAAGGCAACGUGACUGCUAUCAAAACAACUGUACCGGGUCACAGCCUAGAGAAACUCACGCCAAACACACAGUACGUCAUCUGGGUGAAAGCGCACGCUGAAAAAGGGGACUCACUACCAUCUGAAACUCUACUAGCCUGGACCGACCCCGCCUACCCAGCUUAUGUUGAACCUCCCACGAUUAACCCCGUGAACCUCGUGGUCGAAGGGUCCAGUAUGACCAUUCUGUGCAUAGCCAUGGGCACUCCUACACCCACAAUAUCGCUCUACAUCAGUGGUACGUAAACUUAAAUUUAACUAUCCCACCUUUUCUCUUCUUUAUUUCCGAUGUUAGUACUUAGGUGAAAGAAAAUAUACACAUACAUACAUCUACAAUGUAACAUAUGUUAGAUUCAGUCCUAUUCUAUUAUUUACUCUGGAAUAUUUUCUGAAUAGGUAAAUAAUAUACAUGAAGAAGAAAAGAAGGUAUUUAUUGUAAUAUUUAUCAGAUUUAUAUCAAGCCUAUGAACAAAAUAAAUCUAAUCACUUUGGAAUCCAUUCAAAAACUCUAUUAU